GCUCAUACAUUAUUCUGCACCAAUUAACAUAGAGCGUAAUCAUCAUAAAGGAGAGUAAUAUCUUCAAUUUCGAAUCAACACCAUGGACUUCGAAAACCUCCUCUCCCAACCAGCCAUAUUCACUAUGGCUCUGCUAUUCUUCUCUCUCUUUGCUCUUUCAUUUCAAUCAAGAAGCAGGCACAUCCACAAAGCCCGAGCAAGAAAAGCACCACCAAAAGCUGGUGGAGCAAGGCCGCUAAUUGGGCACCUCCACCUCUUAGGUGGCCCACAGCCACCGCACAUCACCUUGGGCAACAUGGCCGACAAAUAUGGACCCAUCUUCACCAUAAGCAUCGGCCGCAAGAAUUUAUUAGUCGUGAGCAACAGCGAGAUAGCUAAAGAGUGCUUCACUGUGAACGACAAAGCUUUCGCUGGCCGCCCUAAAAUGAUAGCCUUUGAAGUUCUAGGGUACGACUAUGCCAUAUUUUCGUUCAAAUCCUAUGGCCCCAGUUGGCGUAACCUCCGCAAGACGGCCAUCAUGGAAGUCCUCACCGGCCACAAGAUACAUAUGAACAGUCACGUGAUGUUAUCGGAGGUGAAAACCGCAAUGAACGAUAGUUACAAUAAUAGCAACAACAAGAGUAUGGCGGUUACGGAGAUGGAUAAAUGGUUUGGCGAGAUUACCCUAAACGUGAUGUUCAGGUUGGUGAUGGGAAAGCGUUUCACCGGUUACAGUGAAGAGAACGAACGAAUCCGGAAAGCGCUGAGGGAUUUCUUUGAUCUCGGUGCGUCGUUUGUGGUUGCUGAUUCAAUUCCGUGGUUGAGAUGGUUGGAUUUGGAUGGGGGAGAGAAGGCCAUGAAGAAAACGGCGAAAGAGUUGGAUGAAUUUGUUCAGAACUGCUUAGAAGAACACAGACUUAGCAGAAAUCAUGGCGCAGAGCCUGAUUACAUGGACAAGCUUAUUUCCAGUAUCGAUCAAGGCUUCGACGGUCAGGACGUUGAUACUCUAAUCAAAGCUACAUGUCUGACAUUAAUUUUGGCUGGUACAGACACCACGACAGGGACACUUAGUUGGGCUCUUGCUUUACUUUUGAAUAAUCGCCAAGUUCUAAAUAAAGCUGUUCAUGAAUUAGACACACAUAUAGGAGCUAAUAGAAUGGUGAUAGAAACGGAUCUAGACAAUCUUGUGUAUCUUCAAGCCAUUGUCAAAGAAACAUUCCGCUUGUACCCGCCUGUGGUGCUCAAUUUGCCUCACGAAUCCAUGGAUGAUUGUGUGGUGGGUGGAUACCAUAUCCCUGCUGGCACACAACUUUGGACUAAUAUUUCAAAAAUGCAACGAGAUCCUGCUUUAUAUCCUGAUCCAUUAGAGUUUCGACCGGAGAGAUUUCUAACAACUCACAAAGACAUUGAACUUACGGGUCAGCACUUUGAAUUGAUUCCAUUUGGCGCAGGAAGAAGAAUGUGUCCUGGAAUGUCAUUUGGUCUUCAAAUGGUGCAGUUAACACUUGCUAAUGUGCUGCAUGGGUUUGACAUUGUAACAGCCGAUGGAAAACCAGUUGAUAUGGUUGAACGUGUUGGGAUAACCAGUGUCAGAGCCAAUCCGCUCAAAGUAAUUCUUACACCACGUCUCUCUACCCAAGCUUAUGUUUAAGAUCGAAGGAAAGCACAACAAAAUUUAUGAGAAAAAUACUACUUCAUUUGCUGUUUUCUGUUAAAUAUUGUCAGUUAUAAAUUAUUAAUAAGUGACUAUUUAAUUUCAUGUGUAAAGUCACCAUUAAUAAUAAUAUGUUGAUUCCUGUGACAUCUCUAAUACAGAGUCCUAAAAGUUUAAUGCA